ACCCUGGUGAUUUGAAAGAGAGCAGAUCCGAGAACAAGUGCUGUAUUGAACUAAAAUCUUGCGUCUACGAUCAUGAGUGUGAUCAAACCAGAAAUGAAGAUCAAGCUGCGCAUGGAAGGCGCUGUAAACGGGCACAAGUUCGUCAUUACAGGGGAAGGAAGAGGCCAGCCUUUCGAGGGAAAACAGACUAUGGACCUGACAGUCAUAGACGGCGGACCUCUGCCUUUCGCUUUCGAUAUCUUGACAACAGUAUUCGAUUACGGCAACAGGGUAUUCGCCAAAUACCCAAAAGACAUCCCAGACUAUUUCAAGCAGUCGUUUCCUGAGGGGUAUUCCUGGGAACGMARCAUGACUUAUGAAGACGGGGGCAUUUGCAUCGCCACAAACGACAUAAAAAUGAAGAAAGACGUCAACAACCGUGACUGUUUUCUCUAUGAAAUCCGAUUUGAUGGGGUGAACUUUCCUGCCAAUAGUCCAGUUAUGCAGAAGAAGACCGUAAAAUGGGAGCCAUCCACUGAGAAAAUGUAUGUGCGUGAUGGAGUGCUGAAGGGUGAUGUUAACAUGGCUCUGUUGCUUGAAGGAGGUGGCCAUUACCGAUGUGACUUCAAAACUACUUACAAAGCCAAGAAGGUCGUCCAGAUGCCAGACUAUCACUUUGUGGAUCACCGAAUUGAGAUAACAUGGCAUGACAAGGAUUACGACAAUGUUAAGCUGUAUGAGCAUGCAGAAGCUCAUUCUGGGCUGCCAAGGCAGGCCAAGUAAAGGCUUGACGAAAAGCCAAGACGACAACAAGCAGAAGAAAAUUCUUUUUUUUAAUAUAUUGAAAGGCAUCUAUUCGGAAUUAGUAUUUGAUACAAGCAAUUCAAGGUUUUCUUUUGGGAUUUCAUAAGCACUAGCUUUACAGUCAAAUUUAGUUAGAGAUAGUUUCCAUUUUUGUGGAAU